UCAAACAUGGCACAAUUCCAGUGUUCAAUGCAAUAAUUUACUUUCUUAUAAUGAGAUAAGCAGAAUUAAACAUUUAAUGUCUAUUUUUCGCUGUAAAAAAUCUAAAAUAACGUAAUAACGAGAUGGCAAACUGUGUUAAUUCUAAGUUAAACAACCUGUUGACAUCGUACAAGAAUUGGGUCGUAGCGAAUCCGCAAUUAUUGACAGAUAUCGAGGCUACUGUCAGAUGUUUAUCGUAUUUCAGUUUUGGACAAUUGCGCAAUUCAACCUUGGCCGUGGAAUUGAUUUAUUCCAUGCCAAAUCUGAUAGUGCUCUGCAACGAUUUACUUAUGUACAGCAGCAAACGCCAGCACUUAAAAAUACCUCAGUAUGACUCAAAAAUUAAAAUUUGGCUAACUGUGGUGGAGUACACUGAGACCUUUCUCGAGGUGUCAGCUAAGAAAUUAUGGGGGCCAAAAGGAAAAUGGUUAAUAAUCGUAAUUAUACAAUUAUUUAAGUCUGUAUUGCGACUAUUAUUAAUUUAUGUAUAUAAGGAACGUGUAACGAAAAGCCCAGCGACACCACCUCUUAACAGAGAGAAAUUCAAUAAAAUCGACAACGUGCAAUUAAAGGAAGGCUUUAUGCUAAAAAGAUCAGGCACUGUUGUUAGAAGUGUAAAGUAUUCGACUCCUAUAGAAUUACGAACGUGGAAAGCUUUGUCUUCUAUUACGGACGAGAACGAGAAUCUAACUAAAAAUAAGGAAUCUGACAGGAAUCUUAAACUAGCUGAGAGUCUUUAUGUGACAAAGCCACUGCUUCAUCUAGGGUGUAUGUACAUUACUAGCCAAAAUCGUUGGCCACCGUGGAUAUUAUCACUUAUUAUCGAUAUAGCCAGUUUAAAUGUCUUCAAUCGUUGCGCCCAAAAAACAUUAUUAAGUAAAGAGGAAGAAGAAGAACUCGUGCGUCGAAGAUUGAGUUUACUAUUGUACAUUUUGAGAUCACCGUUUUAUGACAAGUACAGCCGUAAUAAAAUAGAUUCACUGCUUGAUACGAUAUCUAGUUCCGUGCCUCUUGCCAAGUAUUUGACAAGUGCCAUUAAAAAGAAUUUACCAUAUAUGCAAAAUGAUGACGAAUGUUACUGCAUUCCUGGAAUUAUCUGCCCUGAAGGCACUAUUGGUGGCGUUGACGUUAGAGUAGUGACUCCGGACGCAAAUUGCCCUACUGGAUCUACAUAUUGCUGUGUAAUCGACGAUGACAGUAAUUGUGGAAGAAUACAAUCACCGAGACCAGGCGAUGGAACGUCAGGAGGGAAAGCCGCUUAUGGUGCAUAUCCUUGGAUGGUGGCCAUUUUAACCAUCCAAGGUAGUUAUGUCGGAGGAGGAGUGCUUAUCAGUUCAACACGUGUUCUUACCGCCGCUCAUAAGGUGAAUGAGUUUGAUAAGGACGACAUUAUAGCGAGAUUAGGUGCGUGGAGUUUUGAAUCUGAAAACCCGACUAUAGAUAUUGACAUCUCAAAAAUUUCCAUAACAUGUACUUUUAAUUCGCGAAAUCUCCAGAACGAUAUAGCAGUGCUUAGACUAAGUUCACCUGCUCCUAUUGCAAGUAAUCCUAACAUUAAUACGGCAUGUUUAUCAUCUACAUCAGUUGCACCGGGAACAAGGUGUUGGGUAUCAGGCUGGGGGAAAAAUGCCUUUAUUAACGGACAGUUACAAAGUACUCUAAAAGAGGUAGAUUUGUACGUAUGGAGUAAGACGGAUUGCCAAACGGCCCUUCAAAGCACCCGACUAGGAACCAACUUUGUCCUAGACGACAGUUUCAUGUGCGCAGGAGGGGAAAGUGACAAAGACGCAUGCAUUGGCGAUGGUGGUUCACCGUUGGUGUGUUUAAAAAACGGUCAGUAUGUAGUUGUUGGGCUGGUGUCAUGGGGAAUAGGUUGUGGAGAUGAAGGAGUUCCUGGUAUUUAUACUAAAGUGCCUUAUUUCUAUAAUUGGAUCAAGCAACAAUGACGUAACUCUUGAAAAUAUACAGCACAGUCUCACAGUAUCUUAAACAAAUUAAAU